AUGGGUUUUCUGACGGCUAAAGGUGUGGUUUACAAACCUGUGGAUGAUGUCGAUCUUGGUCCUCAAAGCGACGAGUUUUAUCUUCGAGCCAAUGUCAAAGCUCCUCGCAUGGCUGGACUUUUGGUUAAAGUAUUUGCAUGGUUCCUGGAGUCUCGGAUUUUCGGACCCAUUUUGCUGUACAUAUUGCUGAGGAACAAUUUAAUCCACAAGCUUGUUUCAUUUGUGGAGGUGAAAGAAGCACCUUUGUACGUUCCUUUGCACCCUUUUGAAGACCUUAAAGAAGAAGAAGUGAAAUGCAUCAACUCCGAUCUAUCUCCACCAGAACAAGUUAAAGAGGCCAUGGAAUGUGUAGAAUCUGCAGAAAAUAUACUCGAAAAUUCAAAAAUCAAUUUCCGUCGUUGGACAAUAAUGGAUUAUGCAAGAGCCUAUGAGUCGAAAAAAAUAACCCCUCGGAUGGUUGCAGAAAGAUUUAUAGCUGCAGUCCAAAAAUCAUCCGAUCCUGCACUGCGCAUGUCCUACUUUAUAAAUUACAAUGCUGAUGAUAUUUUAACCCAAGCCACCGAGUCUACUCUUCGUUAUCAACAAGGAAAACCAAUUUCUGCUCUAGAUGGAGUCCCAGUCGCUAUAAAAGACGAAAUCGAUUGUCUUCCAUAUCCAACCACAGGAGGUACCAAGUGGUUACACCAAGUAAGGCCUUGUAUAGAUGAUGCGUGGUGUGUGAAGCGACUGAGAUUAUGUGGUGCCAUACUGGUUGGGAAAACCAACAUGCAUGAGCUUGGGGCCGGAACCAGUGGGAUAAACCCUCAUUAUGGGACUACUAGAAAUCCGUACGAUACCAGCAAGAUCGCUGGAGGUUCUUCUAGUGGAUCUGCUGCUGUGGUGUCUGCUGGAUUGUGCCCUGUUGCACUUGGUGUUGAUGGGGGAGGAUCGGUUCGAAUGCCUGCUGCUCUUUGUGGUGUAGUUGGUUUGAAGCCAACUUUUGGACGUGUAUCACAUUCCGGCGUUCUUCCUCUGAACUGGACAGUUGGGAUGGUUGGAAUACUAGCGGGCACAGUUGAAGAUGCACUUAUUGUUUAUGCAGCUAUUAGUGGACAACCAUCACAUCAAGCCACAGCCCCAAAUGUAUGUUUCCCCCUGCUUAAAUCACCAAACUGUCUAUCCAAGAUCAAGCUGGCUAAAUCUAUGGAGUGGUUUAAUGACUGCACAGAGGACAUCAGAGUUUGCUGUUCUCUUGCUCUGGCUGAGCUUCAUGAGCAUUAUGGCUGGGAGACCAUAGAGGUGACUGUGCCAGAGAUAGAGGUGAUGCGCCUGGCACAUUAUUUAACAAUUGGCUCUGAGUGUACUGCUGCAAUCGCUUGCCAUCUAGAAAAGUUGAAUAAGGCAGAAUUGGGCUGGGAUGCAAGGGUGGCACUUUCUGUGUAUGGUGCUUUCAACAGCAGGGAGUAUAUAAAUGCCCAGAGAAUUAGGAACCGCCAGAUGCAGUUUCACCAAAAAAUAUUUGCUAAGGCAGAUGUUAUUGUUACACCAACGACAGGAGUAACUGCAUACCCAAUUAUGGAUGAUGCCCUGAAGACUGGUGAACUUGACUACAUAAAUGGAGCUGCACUUGUACGGUACCAGAUAGCUGGAAAUUUUCUGGGAUUGCCUGCAGUGACUGUUCCGGUUGGAUAUGACAAAUCAGGCUUGCCCAUUGGCCUCCAAUUUAUUGGGAAACCAUGGUCUGAAUCAAUGUUAAUCCACGUAGCGUUUGCAAUGCAGGCCCUGUCAGAGUGCAGAAAGCCAGAGGUUUUGUAUGAUCUGCUCACUAAGGAUUAA